UAGUUCAGACAUCGUAGAUGAAAAUUGGAAGAAUAUAAUUUCGCACAGACAAAUAAAAUUAAUAUAUCAAACAUAAUUUUCUUAAUAGUGCAGAGUUAUCAAUUUACGCAAAUCAAAUACAUUUUAUUGAUAAUAUAGAUUUGUAUAAUUAAAAAAAAUGAAUUUCUCAAUAGCGACUGUGAAAUAUUUGCUGGUCGCGUUCAAUUCACUUUGUGUGAUUGCUGGAGUAAUUAUCGCAGUAUUUAGCAUCAUUGCUAUAGAUUCCCUGCAGAGUAACAAUUUGACGUACUGCAUUUUUGGAAUAACGCUAGGAAGUAUUGUGUUUCUGAUAUCUUCAAUGGGUUUCUUUGGGGCCUUACGAGAGAAGCAUUGCUGCUUAUGGAUUUACGCUGUAAUUUUGGGAAUUUUGAUUGGCAUUGAAAUUUCGAUUUUAGUAAUUUUCCGUGUACCUGAUUUUGUCAAAAUUUCAACCGAAGUUGUCGAAAAAUUAUGGGAUAAAGAAAUUGAACAACCGGGAGCGAUGUCUCAACUGGAACAACAAUUGAAGUGUUGUGGCUUACAUAGUUCGGAGGAUUAUAUUGAACAUGGUAUGCCAAUACCCAGUAGUUGUUAUGAGGGAUCCGAUAGCUUAAAUCCAAAAGCAUUAUUUACUAAAGGUUGUUCGGAGGCGUUAGCAGCAGUUGCCACAGAAAUUGCAAAUAUACUGAAAACUAUUUAUUGGAUUAUAACUGGUGUAGAGGUAAUCGCAUUGCUAUGUGCCACGAUAUUGGCUAAUAAAGUUAAUUCUUAUGAAAGAAUGCGUGAAGAAAACUUAUAAAAAU